AUGCACUCACCAAAUUCUUCAACGCUUUCCUCUUCAUCAGCCAUUCCCUCACCUUUACCUUCUUCCUCCAGCUCCUCUUCAUCAUCAUUCUUCUCCUCCUCCAGCUCGGAUUCCAUCAAAGUCUGUGUCAGAGUACGUCCACUCAACGAAAAGGAAAGACUGAAAAACUCACAAUCCGUCUGGCGAACCACCAAUAAUACAACCAUCUAUAGUGUUUCAUCACAAGUAAAUAGCAAUAAUAAUAAUAAUAGCAAUGGUAAUUCAUCGAACAAUAAUAAUAAUAUUGGUAGUAGUAGUGGUGGUAAUUUAGGGAUUAAUUCAAAUAUGAUGAUUCCGAUGGUUCCAUCGAGUAGUGAUGUUAGUUAUACGUUCGAUCAUGUCUAUGAUCAGAAUAGUACUACAGAUUGUAUCUAUAAUGAUAUGUGUAAGCAUAUUGUGACCUCUUCUGUGAGAGGAUAUAAUGGAACAAUAUUUGCCUAUGGACAGACUUCAUCUGGUAAAACAUUUACUAUGAAGGGAACAAGAGAAAUACAUGGUAUUAUUCCACUCUCAAUCAAGGAUGUAUUUACUACUAUCAGUCAAACACAGAGUCGUAGAUUUCAAAUUAGAGUUUCGUAUUUGGAAAUUUACAAUGAAGUCAUUAAGGAUUUAUUGGAUCCAGAAAAUCAAAAUUUAAAAAUCAGAGAAGAUUUUGUCAAUGGAAAGGGAGUCUAUGUUUCUGGAGCUAAAGAGGAAGAAGUAGCAUGUAUGGAAGACAUGCUAAAACUCAUGGAAAAGGGUGAGCAUUAUAGACAUUUUGGAAAUACAGCCAUGAAUGAUCAGAGCAGUCGAUCCCACACCAUAUUUAGGAUUAUGAUUGAGUCAAUUGAUGGUAGUAUAGCAAAACAAAUGGUCGAGGAAGAGGAUUUUGAUAUCUAUACAACAAAUUCAGAAGUUCUCUUCUCAACAUUGAAUCUUGUGGAUUUGGCUGGUUCUGAACGAGUUCUCUACACACAGGCACAAGGAGAUAGAUUGAGAGAGGGUGGCCAUAUUAAUAAGAGUUUACUCACUCUCGGUAAUGUUAUUGCCAAACUCAGUGAAGGAAAUUCGAGCCACAUUCCAUACAGAGAUUCAAAACUCACAAGAAUUCUCUCUAACUCUCUUGGAGGAAACUCAAAGACUGCCAUCAUUUGUACAAUAACACCUGCCUCACAACACUUUGAAGAAACUCACUCCACUCUCAAAUUUGCCAACAGAGCAAAGAGCAUCAAUAAUCAAAUAACCAUCAAUAAGAUGAAAUAA